AUGAAGUCCUUCACAUCAGUUCUGCCGUUGGCGGCAGCUCUCUUCACCACAUCCGCACUCGCAUGGCUCCCAUCGUGCACGUGGUCUGACUGCGUGGGAAGCUGGGAUGGCUCCUCCUGCACCGCCAGCAACGGCUGGGACUGCCUGUGCUCGAAUCAAACUGCAAUCUCUCAACUGAACACCUGUGUUGCGACGUCCUGCACCAAUACCACAGACCAGGAGGCCAUUUACGGCGCCGUCGCUCAGCUCUGCGCCAAUGCUGGUGUCACCGUCACAAACUCUCAACAAGCUACCUUCAGUGCUACCUCUGGCGGUUCAGCCUGGCCAUCCCAAAUUACUGCCGGUCCUAGCUGGGGUCCUGGUGGCAACUGGAAUUCUGCGCAGUGGUCGAGCUGGAUUUCGGCGUGCUCAACUGGCCUGCCCUCUGCUCCCUCCGGCUGGGGUGGUAAUGGUGCAUGGGGUGGCCCGGGCGGGUGGGGAGGUCAUGGUGGUCCCGGUGGUCCCGGGGGUAGUGGUUGGGGACCAUGGGGCACAAAGGCUAGCGGCAUCAACUGCGAUGCAUGGACUACCUGGACGGCAGGCUGGGGUCCUUUCUCUUCCUGGACAGGUACCUGGUCCGGCUGCAGCACGACAACCGCCACUCCUGUCCCUGCAACCAUCACCACCACCGUCACCACUGGGGGCUCGACACAAGUCAUUACCGGCACGACUUUCGGCAUCCAGGCUCUCGCUGCUGCGACCACCGGCUCCAGCUCUGACAAUGCCGCUCCGUCACUCCGCGGUGUCGGCACUUGCGGUGCCCUUGCCGCAGCCAUCUUGGCCACCAUGCUCGCAUUGUAG